AUGGCUCCCAAAAAGAAGGCAGGCAAGGGGGCCAAGGAACCCGAGGUCAAGAAGAAGAAGGGUGGGAAGAAGGAUCCCAGCCUGGCCAACAAGCCCAUGGAAAUGCCCAUAGGCGAGGAGAUCCGGGAGUUCUACCACAUCCAGAUCCGCGACCUGGAGGACAGGCUGGCCCGGUACCAGCAGAAGUGGGAUGAGCUGGCUGUGCAGGAGAAGCUGUUUCGCCAGGAGUUUGAGCAGCUGGCCAACAACAAGAAGGAGAUCGUGGCCUACCUCAGGCGCACGCUUAACCAGCGGGUGGAUGAGAUCACCAACCUCAACGAGCAGCUCCAAAGCCUGCAGCUGGCCAAGGAGAUGGAGAAGGACGCCUUCGAGGCACAGCUAGCCCAGGUGCGCCACGAGUUCCAGGAGACCAAGGACCAGCUCACCACUGAGAACAUCAUCCUUGGGGGGAAGCUGGCAGCCCUGGAGGAGUUCCGGCUGCAGAAAGAGGAGGUCAUGGAGAAGUUCAUGUUGCUGGAGGACCAGCUGCGGAAGCAGGAGAACGAACACAAGGACUACGUGUACACUCUGGAGAAGAAGUCGGUGCUGGACGCGGACAGAUUGAAGAAGGAGAUCAUCCAGCGCGUGAACCUGGUGGCCACUGAGUUCCGCAAGGUGGCCACGAGCCAGAUGGGGGACACGACCAAGCGGGCCAUCAUGGAGAACAACACCAUGACCCUGCAGCUGGCCAAGAUAUCCCGCCAAGGCAUGCAGCUGCUGCAGGAGAACGAGCAGCUCAGGGGCGACCAGGACAACCUGUGCAGACAGCUGGAGCUGCUGGAGAACUCCCAGAAGGUCAUGGCCAGGCACAGCAGAGGCCACCAGAAGAUCAUCCUCAUGCUGACGGAGAAGUGCCGCGAGCUGCAGCAGGGCACGGCAGAGGCCAAGCAGCUGCGUCUCCUGCUGAGCCAGCUGGAGCAGAGCCUCACGCAGCUGCAGAAGGACAACCAAGCACUGAGGAGCCAGAGAGAACAGUUGAACCUGCAGCUGGAGCGUCAGCAGACCGAGGGGCAGCGGCUACAGCAGGAGCUGGCCGAAGAGCAGAAGGUUCGGGCGAGCCUGGAGACAGCCCUGGCCCAGGCCACCGCCUUCCUACAGGACAUUGUGCAGAUGCAGCCCGACAAGGAGGAUGGUGACUUCGAUGACUUCCGGCUGCAGUGCAAGGAGAUGCUGAAGCACCUGCUGGUCAUGCUCAGCUCGGCCGUGGUCCUGAGUCCCCAGAUGGCUGUGGCCCCCCGCCGGGAGAGCCAGUCCUGUGGCCCACCAAAGGAGCGGCGGUACAGCACCCAGCCACUCAAGACAGGGCCUCUGCUGCAGCAGCUGUCCAGCGUCACACCCUACCAGCUAGGGGACCUGGGCCUGGUGCCUCGACGGAUCCACAUCCCACCCAACCCUGAGGACCUCAGGCUGCUCUCACAUACCACCCGUGUGGGAAACUUAUGGGCACACAGCAGCCCUGAGAUCCAUACCUCCGGUUCUCCAAAAAGGUUCAAAAAGUUUAGUCUUCCUAAAGUUUCCCUACUUUCUAAGUAGGACACAGAGAGAAGACCAACCUCCUAUCCCCCAAAUGGCCUGUUCCGGCCACAGUUCCCGCUUCCGUCCACAGGCAGCCUGGGGCAGCCCAGAGAAGAGUUAUAUAAAAAACAGAUACCACAGGUUGGCGUGGCACCUCUGUGGACGUGGCUGGGUGUGUGGGCACGACAGUCAGGCAAGCAGCCAAGUCCACUGGUGUCAGGGGCUGGACGAAGGCCUCUGGCUUCACUCACGGAUGUGGUCCAGGAGCAGGUCGGUGGCGCUCAGCAAUGGAGGCAGCAGCUCCUGCUCAGCAGGGGCGAAGUAGCUCAGCACGUAGCCCUGCACUGUGUCUGGGUGUGU